GCUAUUAGAAGAGAAAGAUCAGCUGAGUCCUUUGGACCCGAUCAACUCAAUUCCGGAACUACUGAUUUCAACGACUUCGGCCCAACGCUCUCCAAGACAAUGAAAUAUACAAGUUAUAUCUUAGCUUUACAGCUUUGCGUGAUCUUGGGUUUUUCUAGCUGCUACUGCCAGUCCACAAUUUUUAACGAAACACAAAAACUAAAGAGAUAUUUUAAUGCAACAAGUCCAGAUGUAGGGAAUGGUGGACAUCUUUUCUUAGAUAUUUUGAUGAACUGGAAAGGGGAGAGUGACAUAAAAAUAAUUCAGAGCCAGAUCGUCUCCUUCUACUUCAAACUCUUUGAAAACAUUGAAGAUAACAAGACCAUUCAAAAUAGCCUGGAUAUUAUCAAGGAAGAGCUGCGUGUUAAAGUUUUCAACAGCAGCAACAGCAAAAUGGAAGACUUCAAGAAGCUAAUUCAAACUCCAGUAAAUGAUCAGAGGGUCCAGCGCAAAGCCAUAUCUGAACUCUACAAUGUGAUAACUGAGCUGUCAAAAUCUAACUCAAAGAUGCGGAAAAGGCGUCAGAAUCUGUUUCGUGGCUGGAGAGCAUCGAAAUAAUGGUCAUCUUGGCUGCAAUAUUUGAAUUUUUAAAUCUAAAUUUAUUUAUUAAUAUUUAAUAUUUUACAUUAUUUAUAUGGGGAAUCUAUUUUAAACUCAGAAUCAAAUUAUUUAUAAUAGCAAUUUUUAUCUAAUGAAAACAAAUAUCUAUUAAUAUAUGUAUUAUUUAUAACUUCUUUAAUCUAUGACUAUUUCACUUGACCCUUCUUUUCUGACUAGGUAAAACUAUGUGAUUUAUAAGGCUUUAUCUCAGGGGCCAAGUAGGCGGCCGACUGAAGCAAGACCCUGUGGGUUGUGCAUUUAGUUCAUUUGCUGAUAUAAUGAACACUUAUAAAUGAAAUGAUGUUAUACAGUUCCUGUCUAUUUGAAAUCAUGUCUGCAUUCUGAGCCACUGCUUUAAUGGCAUAUCACACAGCACUUGAAUGUGUAGGUCAUAUGACUUGUCCCCUGAUAAAAAACAUAGUAUCUCAUCUCAUCUCAUGCCUGGUGCUUCCGAAUAUCACUGAUAAUUGUG